AUCAUGAAGGAGGAGCCGCUGGCUGGUCUGGGGUCAGUUCGCCCCUGGGUGCAAGAUGAGUCCGUACAUGCGAAAUCUCGUACUCACAGAGGUGUGGGUCUCGCCCGGGUACACUUCGAGAAACAGCCACCUGCCAAUCUGCGCAAGUCAAACUUCUUUCACUUUGUGUUGGCCUUAUAUGAUAGUCAGGGUCAAUCUGUGGAAAUUGAACGCACUGCAUUUGUGGGCUUUGUUGAAAAGGAGAAGGAGCCAGAAAAUGAGGAGACUAACAAUGGAGUUCAUUACAAACUCCAGUUACUGUACAACAAUGGUGUCAGGACAGAGCAAGAUCUGUACAUCCGUUUAAUCGACUCUAUGACAAAAGAGGCAAUUGUGUUUGAAGGUCAAGAUAAAAAUCCUGAAAUGUGUCGUGUUCUUCUCACACAUGAGACAAUGUGCAGCCGAUGUUGUGAUAAGAAAAGUUGUGGAAACAGGAAAGAGACCCCAUCAGACCCCAUCAUUAUUGACAGGUUCUUCCUAAAAUUCUUUCUCAAAUGUAAUCAAAAUUGUCUGAAGAAUGCAGGGAACUCACGAGACACACGUCGUUUUCAGGUGAUAGUCUCCACCACAGCCUCUGUUAAGGGCCAUGUUCUAGGCAUUUCUGAUAACAUGUUUGUCCACAACAAUUCGAAACAUGGCAGAAGAGAAAGACGACUGGAAUUUGCUGAAGCUGAGAUCCCUUGCAUUAAGGCGAUCAGUCCCAGUGAGGGUUGGACGGCAGGUGGAGCUUCAGUUAUUAUUAUUGGAGAACAGUUCUUCAAUGGUCUGGAGGUGGUUUUUGGAUCGAUGCUGAUUUGGAGUGAGGUGAUCACACCGCAUGCAAUUCGUGUGCAGACUCCACCUCACCACGUUCCUGGUGUGGUCGAAGUUACGCUGUCCUACAAAUCGAAACAUUUCUGCAGGGGAGCUCCAGGGCGCUUUAUUUACACUGCUUUACAUGAGCCAACAAUCGACUAUGGGUUUCAGCGACUGCAAAGGGUCAUGCCUCGUCAACUGGGCGACGUAGAAAAAUUUCCAAAAGAAUUCUUACUAAAGAGAGCAGCUGACCUCAUAGAGACAUUUUAUGGAACGCCUCACAACAACCAGGAAAUCAUCCUGAAGCGUGCGUCUGACAUACCAGGUGCCCUCCACAGAGUGCCACGGAACCCAAACCUGCACAGCAUUAUGGGAGUCAACUCCUUUGACAGACAAUUAACUAUGAACACAGACUUUUCACAGGAAGUAGAACGAGGUUUCAGUCAGAGUUUAAACAAUGGCUUUUCAAGCAGCACAACUCGACAGUGUGACUUCAGUAUUGCCAACGCGGGCAUGAAUGUGCAAGCAGACGCACGCUCCUCUAUGCCAAGACUCACUCACUCGUCCAUGUCUGGGCACACGCAAACACGCACCAGCUCUGUGCCAAACUUCCCGCCGGCUGCCACACAGGGGGUCUUCAACAGUCCCACUGCAGACACACAACACUACGUUGUGAAACAAAAAAGUGCAUUUGCUCCUGUUCUGAAGCAACAGUCCUCACAAGGUCCACCUCCCAUUUGUAGACCAUGCAUGGACUAGCAACAAGCUUCAAACUUCCCAGACAUGGUCAAUCUCUAUUCUGAACCUGAUGAUGAUCUCAAUGCACACAAUGAUAAAAAGAAAUUGAAUUCAGCAUCAAGAUAGUUUUUUACUGUCAGCAAAGAUGUGUGUACCUUGUAGUGAUCUGCUGUGACCCCUGGUGUUUGUAAAACAGGAAGAACUACUGUACUGAACUGUUGUACUCUCUGUGCUCUGAUGUAACAAUAUGAUAAAUAAAAUAUGUGGUAUAGGUGAGACCUCGGCAACCCUAUUUUUUCAUUCAACUCUGUAUAUUCAGGAGGUUCUUAAAAGGGAACGAAAA